AUGGAUAGUCGGCCUCUGCUACUCGCUACCAUUAUCCAUUUUGUGGUAAAAGCAUGCCCUCCACAACAAGGAACGUGCUAUUCAGGCUCAGCAAGUCUCUCAUCUCGAUAUGGUGGAAACAUAGUGAAUCGUCGUUGUGCCGACACGGCGAACAGAGAUUGGUGUGCAGUGAGCUACUAUCCACACACUGAUAUCGCUAAUUUCGGCUGCGCUAACGAGUUUACGCUCCCCUUUGGUAGCGCAACAUGUGGUGAUGGAGCUGGAUCCAUAAACCAGCAAGGAUGUAGCAUGGUAAGACCUUGCGAGAUCUAA